ACGAAGCCGGCGAGCCAUUUCCCGCGCCCGGCCCCCCGAGGCGGGCAUCCAGUCGGACCCUGAGCGUCGCCCUCUCGCGCUGCGGCCGUCCGCGCCUUCUCGGCCUCCUGUCCGGCAUGAAAACCAAGUUCUGCACCGGGGGCGAGGCGGAGCCGUCGCCGCUCGGGCUGCUGCUGAGCUGUGGUGGCAACGCUGCCCCGGCGCCCGGCGUGGGGCAGCAGCGCGACGCCGCAGUCGAGCUGGAGCCCAAGCAGCUUGGUGGCCGGACCCAGCCUCUCGCGCUGCUCCCGCCGCCGUCGCCUCCCCUGCCGCUGCCCCCGCCGCCAUCGCCGCCGCUAGCGGACGAACAACCCGAGCCCCGGACGCGGCGCAGGGCCUACCUGUGGUGCAAGGAGUUCCUGCCCGGUGCCUGGCGGGGCCUUCGCGAGGACCAGUUCCACAUCAGUGUCAUCAGGGGCGGUCUCAGUAACAUGCUGUUCCAGUGCUCUUUGCCAGACUCCAUAGCCAGUGUUGGCGAUGAACCUCGGACAGUGCUCUUGCGAUUAUAUGGGGCGAUUUUAAAGAUGGUGUUUUUGAUAAAGCUGUGGAAUGGCAAGAGGUCCUGUAAUAAAGAGGGAUCCGAACAAGCUCAGAAUGAAAAUGAAUUUCAAGGGGCCGAGGCGAUGGUUCUGGAGAGUGUUAUGUUUGCCAUUCUUGCAGAGAGGUCACUUGGGCCAAAACUCUAUGGCAUCUUUCCCCAAGGCCGACUGGAGCAGUUUAUCCCGAGCCGACGAUUGGACACUGAAGAAUUAUGUUUACCAGAUAUUUCUGCAGAAAUAGCUGAGAAAAUGGCCACAUUUCAUGGAAUGAAAAUGCCAUUCAAUAAGGAGCCAAAAUGGCUUUUUGGAACAAUGGAAAAAUACCUGAAUCAAGUGCUAAGACUUAAAUUCAGUGGGGAGGCCAGAAUCCAGCAACUGCACAAGUUCCUCGAUUACAACUUGCCUCUGGAGCUUGAGAACCUGAGGUCAUUGCUGCAGUAUACUAAAUCUCCAGUUGUAUUUUGUCAUAACGACUGUCAAGAAGGUAAUAUCUUAUUGUUGGAUGGCCAAGAGAAUUCUGAAAAGCAGAAGCUGAUGCUCAUUGACUUUGAAUACAGCAGUUACAAUUACAGGGGAUUUGACAUUGGAAAUCAUUUCUGUGAAUGGAUGUAUGAUUAUACCUAUGAAAAGUAUCCUUUCUUCAGAGCAAACAUUCAGAAGUAUCCUACCCGAAAACAACAGCUCCAUUUUAUUUCCAGUUACUUGACUGCAUUCCAGAAUGAUUUUGAAAGCCUCAGUAGUGAAGAGCAGUCCGCCACAAAAGAAGACAUGCUGGUUGAGGUCAACAGAUUUGCCCUCGCCUCCCAUUUCCUCUGGGGACUUUGGUCCAUUGUACAGGCCAAGAUUUCAUCCAUUGAAUUCGGGUACAUGGAAUAUGCCCAAGCCAGGUUCGAUGCCUAUUUUGACCAGAAGAAGAAACUUGGGGUGUGAAUGGGAUGGCUCCACUCUUCACCACUGGACUGCAGGAGGCGGCUGCGCCAGGCCCUCGGUGGAGCUUUGCUGUGACCACUGCCCUGGGGCAGAAGGCCUGGACGUCUCACUACUGAGCACCGAUGUAUAUGAUACUACAGACUAUAUUAAAGUGGAGUAACAUUUCUCUCA